AUCGUGCAGUUCCUAGCUGAGAAGGGCGCCAACGCCAACGCACAAGGUGGAGAGUAUGGCAGCGCCCUGCAGGCAGCUUCAUGGAAUGGCCACUUAGACAUCGUGCGAUUCCUAGUCAAGAAGGGCUCCGACCCCAACGCGCAGUGCGGAAUUUGCGGCAACGCAUUACAGGCGGCUUCAUCAGCGGGUCGCUUAGACAUCAUGCAAUUCCUAAUUGAAAAGGGUGCCGAUGUCAACGCGCAGGGUGGGUACCACGGCAACGCACGGCAAGCGGCUUCAUACUGGGGUCAUUUAGACAUCGUGCAGUUCAUAGCCGAGAAGGGGGCUAACGUCAACGCGCAAGGCGGAAUAUGCGGCAACGCACUACAGGCGGCUUCA